AAAGACAGAUUCUUUUCCUUGUCAAAAAUUUUCUCUACUCAGCUCUACUCCAAGAAGAAGAAGAAAAGAAAGAUCUGAUUUCUUCUUCUUCUUUUCUUGUUCUGAAAAUUCUUCUUAAUCUUAUUAAUGGCGUUUGCAAAGCCAUGUCCGAAGAAUUCAUUUAGUUACAAUUCAACAUUAUGUGCUUGUUUCCCUGGUUACUUAUUAAAUUUAACAGAGAAAUCAUGUGGAUUGUUUAAUUCAUCAAUUAAUGAAUGGUCAAUGAGUACAGGAGUUAAAUAUUCAGCAACAUUUCCUGAAACAUUACUUGGAUUUGAUUCUAUUAAGAAGUUUACACAAUCACAAGCUGUGUUUUUAGAAGCAACCCUAGUUUUACUACUUUCUUGGUUAUUGUUUUGUUUUUUUCUGAGGUUUAAGAAGCUUGGAGAUGGGAGUAGUAUUUGGUUUAAGGUUAGAUGGUGGAUUAGUCGACUGGAUUUCUGCUUCUCUACUCGUCAUUGGCUGGAUGAUAACAAGGUUGUAAGGAAGCGGAAGACAGAGCUUGGUGGAACUUUUUCUGUUGCCAGUUGGAUAGUUUUUGUUGGUUUCUUUGCAGCGUUGCUUUACCAAAUUAUAUCAAAAAGAUCUGUCGAAGUGCAUAAUCUGAGGGCAGCAAAUGCACCUGAGCUACUCUCCUUCAUCAAUGAUAUGGAGUUUAAUAUAACCACUGUUUCUAGUAUGAGCUGUUCUCAUUUACGUGGUCUUGGUACUUUAGUGACUGGGGUUCCAGGUUUCGUUGAUCAUAGAGUGUUUCCACUGAAGACAUUUGCUAAUUAUUCUUGCCACAACACGAGCUUGGGCCCAACUGUUUCUCUCAAGUGCAGUAAUUGCCGUAUUGCUGCAGAUGACUUGUAUGUUUCCUGGCAGUUUGUUGAUCUUCCAAAUGAUCCUGCUACUGCUGUAGGGUUCCAAUUCAACUUUACAUCAAAGAACGGUAAUGAUAAACACAUUAGCUUUGUCAAUGGCAUACUGAACAAUGGGAGCAGUUUGGAUAACAGGCCAACUACUUUUCGAGGACCUGAUGUGAAUGUCUUAAAAUUUCACUUAUUUCCACGACUAUACCGUAAUCAUCGUGAUUUAAAGCUAAUCCAGCCUCUUUUCCAUGAAUUUGUCCCGGGUUCCUCUAUUCUUGAAACUAGUCAGCUUCAAGCAUCUCUUCAAAGUUUAGGAGGUGGAUUAAUCAAUACCACAUUGUUUAUCAACUUUCUUUCCGCCUACAUUGUUGAAGUUGACGAUGAAAAUUUUAUUGGGCCUGUUGGCUUCUUUGCGGAUCUUGGUGGUCUCUAUGCCAUUAGUUUUGCCAUAUUCUUUUACCUCUUGGUCCAAUGCGAGUACAGGGUCAAGAGGCUCCGAAAUGAAGAUAGUGUACUGAUAAAUAUAAGAAAUCGAAAGAAAGCUCAACAGCACUGGGAUAAGUUGCGUAAAUACGUAAUGUACACAUGGAAUUGUAAGAUUCUGGAAGAUCACAAUAGUAAUGGAGAUGAUGCACUUUGUGGUUGUGUGCCUGGAGAACCCUUGCGUGGAAAUGGAUCUGUGCACAAAAGAAAAAAAUCUAGCAGCAGAAUGGACACCAUCAGUCUUAAUAAAAAAGGCAACUUACCUAUCGAGAUGAAUGCUAUUCGUAAGACUGCAGAUGCAGAGAGAGUACGGAGAUCAUACUCAGCAGGGACCCAAGCGAAACAUGGUUCUAGCGAGGGAGAUCAUCUCUCGCGGCCUCAAGUAUCAAAUCACAGCACCCUACCGCUACCCCCUGAUCUAGAAUUUAGAGCCGAUUCUGGAACUGAUAUUUCUGACAUUCGUAAGAAUCUACAAAAUCUGUAUGAAUACAAUAUUAUGUUAAGGGAAAAUUUAGUAAGUGCUCAAUCUAUGAUCGAGGCUUUAACCAAGAAAGAUCCAGUUCCAAAUACUGCAAGCCAAACAUAACAUGGAACAUUGCGGGAGUAUAUUUACCUCCAACCACUGACUGCAACUCAAUAUUUUUUGGCCGAAGCACACAAGUAUCAGAUUGUGUUCUCAGAAGUGAACGGGAGAUAUAUUUUGAAUUCUUGUUCGCAUUGGGAUUGAUGCUCUGCUAACAUCACAUUUGUUCAAGGUAUCACUAUCUGAGGCAUGCCAUCUUCAUGCAUCUUGCUUGGUGAUUUCUAAUUCCACAAGGAGAACAUAGUCAGGUCUACACUACUGAUCCUGCUAAUUUCUGCAACUACUUUCCGUGUUGUGGACGAAGUAUGAUUGUGAUUGGUUCAGACAAGUUCAAUUUAUUCAGAGAAUCAUGUCAUGGCUGAACGAGAUCACUACCUCAAGUAUUUUGUAUUUAUAAAUUCGUAUUCUAUUUGUUUCCUUGACAACUCAACUCAAAGCCACCACCAAUAUCCAUGUUAACAGAUUAACUAAACAAAAAUUGGACUUGUUCAUCUGGAAUUGCCUAAAACCUGGAGGGCUGCAGUCAGUGUGGAGUUCAGCUGGAGUAGGAGACAACAGCUUAUUACUGAUCCAUGUCAUUGCAGAUAUUGUAGCUUGUUAGUUUACUUUUACAUAUUCAAUAUUGUACAAAUGUAGUAUAUUUUUGUGAUGAUACUCCAAAAGAAAAAUCUUGCAGUUAAUAAUUACAGUGCAGUUUUCCUUGGUGA